GCGGAAUGGAAACGUUACGCCGAAAAGAAAGGUGUUCGUAUUGCGACUAGAACGUUGGUGAUGGUUGUUGGUUGCUACUUGUUGUCAAAUUCUGUUACGACAAUUAUUAAUGUUUGGGAAUUUGUCGAUGGUGAAACAUUCAAAUACAAAAAUUUCUACGCAUAUUUGUACGCAUCUGAUAUUGCUGCAUUGGUAAGUUGUAUUUGCUAUAGCACUCCGAGAUUAUCCGCAUGA